CUGAGUGCUGCCGGUUGUAACCUUUUCGAAGGACAAACAUUUUGAAAUCGUUUUGUCGGUUCGACGAGGUAGUUGUCGCGCAAAAAAAUGACCAUGUAGUCCUGUGGGAUCCCGCGGUGAUCUCCCGCAGAGCCGGGAUCGCGAAUAUGAAAUCUUCGACACCCGUACUACAAGAAGGAUGCUAGAAUUGCUGCAGCCGCGGCAACGAAGGCCCGCGAGAGAGGAGAUGGAGAAUCGAGCCGCGCAAGGCCGCAUUCGUGGUUUCUUCCUUGCAAGCAUUUGUCUCUGCGCCGUUGGCAUCAAUUUGUUCAUCUCCGGGUGGGUGGCACACGCGGUCUCUCAAAACCAGGUCGACGCAGGAGAGACGUAUACGCGGGCACUAGCGGUAGCUGGCAAGGAUAGCCGUGAAGCUGCCGACGCAGACGAGAAUGCUGAGGAGUCAACUGACACUUCUGCGGCGGCCGCGCUACCGCCACCAAGUGGAGGAGCGAAAACGUUCGCUGCUCGACAAGUUGCAGCUGAAGUAGAUCAUCAUGGACUAUCUUCGCUUGUUCCAGAAAGCAGCGCUGCUGGAGUUGCACCAGGAGCGGGACCGGCCACGGAGGGGACCACGCGCGGUCCGUCGCAAGUGGUAGCAACAGCAGCUUCGGGAACGGUUUCGUUUGUGCAACAAGGGCGUGCGACCAACCUUGGCAGUACGAGCAUAGAGACGGAUUUUUCCGAGGGAGAUGAGUCAUCGAACCUGGUUCGUCGUGGAACCGAUGCUAAGCUGCAGCACGGCGAGCGUUUCUCACCGUGGUCUGUAGGAGGACCAGCUGUAUCUUCGGACGAAGACGACGGAAAGAACAUCACGAUAGAAAAGGCACUAAAAAAUGCUACGGCUACAACUAAUGCAGCGUCUGUUGUUGAUUCGGUCGCAGGUAGUUCAUCUCGAAGCGAACUGGUACGUGGAUUGAACCGAAGGCAAAAACGUGAGGUGAUUGUGGACACGUGCAUCCGCCAAAUUUACGAGGAUAUGCAAGUCGGUUGGAGCUCGGACGACGAUCUCGCUGCCCCGCAGGAAAAGCUGUUGAGCGUCGCUCUGAUGCGACGGUUCGUGAAUGUGACCAGUGGAGAAUUUCGCUUCUCGCUCGUUAGAGAUUUUGCGGAGCGACAAGUUGCGGCGGGCCGGGUGGUUUGCCAAUCACGCCUUCCUAUCCGCCCAGCAUUUUUCCCGGAAAUGUCUUUCUUCCUGUCGACUACGGACGGGUCGCUCGUCGUCAAAAAUGACGGGGACGAAGGCAAAAUGGGACCACCCAACUGGCUGGACCAGACGCAGCGUUUCUUCGAGCAUGCGUUCGACCUCGACGGGGACAAGCUGGUUGCGGUCUACGAACCGGGCCUGCAGUGUCCAAGUCUGGCGGCGCCUGGCCUCCCCCCGCCGGAGGAGGACCCUAGUACCCCGGAAAGAGUACUACCUGGACCUCUACUGGGCCCCGCCGCCGCAAGGUUUGACCUGUUCCAGUGUUUGCUGCAUCAGUCCGAUUGGUUCUCCCGCGCUUCGGUCAAUACGGUCUCGAUUCAGGAACAGCAUGACCAGCAGAGCUUUUCCGCGUUGGAAUUGGAGCAGCAGUUGUUCAUGAUGCAACGGCGGAGCCACCCUUCCAUUGACGAAAAUGAUCUUCGGUUUUUGAAGUCGCAUUUCCACGAUAAGCAUCACCACUUGGGGCAUAAAAUUGAUGAGUUCGCAGAGUCCGUACCAACAAUCAAGGGCGUCCUCCAAAAGCAUAACCUGGCUGACAAGGUUGUCUACAUUCUCCAAAAGUUGAUGGUCGGAGAAAUCUACACGGCGCGGAACGGCAAAAACUUCCACCACAGCACGCUUGCGUUGGACUUACGGUGGCGAAAAGAGAAAGACCGUAAUGAAAAUACAGAAAAUGAACGCUGCCGAGAGCUGCUGUUGGAUGUAGUGCACGGGAUAGCCUCCGCACUUGGUGUCGAAGAUCAGGAACGAGUUUUCUUCGGUUACUUGUACGCCAAACUGUACGCCAAAAAAAAAGGUGAGGACCCGCGGUGGCAUUGGGACGAGGAAAUCAAAACGCGUCACAAAGCAACAGAUGAGCAGGGGCGUUCUUUCAUGUACAACGACUUGCCGAGAUUCUUUAUCACGUUCAAGCGAGCUUUUGACCUGCAGGACCCGGAACUCGAUGUUGAGGACCAGGGAGAGUUUCUCCACGAUUUUAAAAAUGGCAACAUUGUAGGUCGAGGGAACGGUGGUGGUUGUAGUGUGCACAAUCGAUUCCGAGUCUUCAUUGCCCGUAAGGCUUUUCCCGCGCUUGUGUGGAAGAAUGCAGAGUUGCUCGUGGAAAAAGUGAAGAAGGCGGCGCAUGCGCAUCAGCAGGAGAUAGAAAAGCAGCACGCGGCGGAACAAGCAGAACAUGACCGUGUGCUUCAGAGAGCUCGCGACCACCAGCACAAAAAAGAACAACAGGAGCGAUUGCCUCGGCACAGCGCAGCACCCAAAGCGGCCCCGCAGCCAGCUUUCAUCACAACGCUAAAGGGCGUUGAGCACGAGGCUUUCUUCUUCUGGAGCUUGGACGGCGCCGAGGUGAACAGAUUGGGGGACAGCGGCUGGGACGACGGCGGCAAAAGAGACGAAUACAAACGCCUGGCGUACGGUGUGCUGCGCGAGUUCCUCUACGCGAUUCAUAUUCUGGUAGUCCACGCACGGAGCUUCGACUCGACGACUUCGAGUCGGUUUUCGUUUUCCUCGGAUAGAAGUGUGAUGCCUCAUAUUGAAUCACGUGUGAAUGAAGAGAAAAAUACGCCGGUAUACAACGCACGCCUUUACUACGAGUGUUCCCACAAAUACUAUUUUGAUCACGUCCACAACCUCCGAUACGAUUACGACGUCGAGGAGAGGACUAAACUUGAAGCAUGUUACCGCAACCGUCCGUUCGAGCAUCUACUGCACCAGCUGGACUAUCAACUGCAAAAAUGUCUGAGUCUGGAAGAUUGCAACUUGUCAUGCUGUUUUUGGACUCUAAAAAAAUUUGUAUUGCAUGACCAGCAAUAGGGGCACAGUUUGUGCUACGCGGAAAGGGCAUUUCUCAUGCGGAAGGUGCAUCAGGAAGCCCUCUAAAAGUCUGCGAUGCUAGGUCAUGCAUUACAGGCGUCAUGUGUCAUGAGAAACAUGCAUGACAAACUUGGCAAUCUUCCAGACCCAGACAUUUUUGCAUUUGAUAUGGACGACAAAAACACGAAGUCGAAAAGGGAACACAAUUGGGGUGUCAUCUUCAGCCAUGAUGCCUUCGAGAAGAUGACCGAUGAGCAGUCUGAGAUGGCCGAUGCCCAGCUGGAUCAUUAUUUUUUGAUGCUCACCGAAAGCGCGGAAGCGCUGGGUAUGGCAACGGAUGAGGGCGAGGGUGAUGUCGACCACUACUGGAAGCCGCUGCGUUCGCUUUGGUCAAAAACAAAAAAAUUCUUCUUCCAUCGGAGAAAAGGUAUAAUGAAAAUAAUGAGAGAAGAGCUACAGGCGACAGCCGAGGCGCAGCAGCAGGAAGAAAAAGCCCGCGGACUUGUCGAUGAGCGAACUUGGAGUGCGCAUCUGGCUCACCGAACAAAAUCUUUGAACCAAAUAACCUUCUAGACGAUCCACCACCAGCACCACCUCCAUCUCAAGAACCAGUAGCGCUGCAACCACGACGAGUCGUACCAGUCUUCAAACUAUGCGGGUUUCCGUUUUGACAAAGGUCACGGCCGCGGAAAGCACUUUUUGCUUCUUUACUAAACUUCUGUCAGCGUUUUUUUGCAAUUUUCAAUCUUGAUGAAGCCUCGCUGUGCGUCAGGCUGCCUGUUGAUGAAGACUUUUUAAGUAAAACAAACUUAGAACCUGAACCAUCGUCCGUAUCUGCUUGAUUACAAACAAGCUCGCACGCCGACAAAUGCGAGCAAAAGAUUGAUUUUGAACAAAGUGGAG